AUGAAUCUGGAGCGAAACUGGGCUGCUGCUCUCCGGCCUCCCCACUGGGGGUCUGAAGGUGGGACCGUGGGGAUCUCCUUCCAUCUGAGGCUGUCUGCGCCUCCUCUCCAGUCCCCGCUCAGCAAUGCAGACCUCUUCGGAAACAGCAGCAGCUCCCAUCCUUCCAAGAUUUCAGGAGAUGCCGCUGACCUGACGGUGAGGCAAAUGGGCGGGGGGUGGGGGACCAGGGGGCAGCUGGGGCGGUGGGGAGACCUGGGGCGUGGAUCCGUGCCCCUCCUCCCCAUGCCACUGCCUCCUCUUCCUCCUCCUCCGGGUCGGGGACCUGGGAGAGGGAGGGUCUCCAUCUUCUCUCUGGCCCCUGCCCCUCACACAAAAAGCACCCCAUCCUCAGCUCCUUCUUCAGCCCUGGGGCCCCCCUACCCAGUGGUGCAGGCCCCAGGGGCUUCUCAGCCUUGCUAUAGUACCCUCCCCACUCCCGCUACCCCCGCCACGCAGCCCCGGCCUGCGAUAUGCCCCCAGGACCCUCCUGGGCUGCGGAUAAGCCCUCUGAUCCCUGAGCAGGGUUAUGAGAGACUGGAGGACUGUGACCCUGAGGGGUCCCAAGAUUCAGCCCUCCAUGGGGAGGGGCAGCAGCCCCUGCUUCACGUGCCUGAAGGGCUCCGAGGCUCCUGGCACCACGUCCAGAACCUGGACAGCUUCUUCACCAAGAUGUACAGCUACCACCAGAGGAGUGGCUUUGCCUGUAUCCUGCUGGAGGAUGUCUUCCAGCUGGGACGAUUCAUUUUCAUUGUCACCUUCACAACCUUCCUUCUUCGCUGCGUGGAUUACAGCGUUCUCUUUGCCAACCAACCAAAAAACCGAGCAAGACCUGGGUCGCUCCACAGCAAAGUGACCUUGUCAGAUGCUAUCCUACCCUCAUCCCAGUGCCGCGACAGAUCCGCUUCCAGCCCCCUGCUGGUCUUCCUGCUGAUCCUGGCUGCUGCCUUCUGGCUGUUCCAGCUGCUUCGCUUGGUCUGCAAACUCUGCAGCUACUGGGACGUCCAGGUGUUUUCCAGGGAGGCCCUGCACGUCCCCCAAGAGGAGCUCAGCUCGGUGCCCUGGGCCGAGGUGCAGUCCCGCCUCCUGGCGCUGCAGAGGCGCGGGGGGCUGUGCGUGCAGCCGAGGCCGCUGACGGAGCUGGACGCCCACCACCGCACCCUGCGCUACACCAACUACCAGGUGGCGCUGGCCAACAAGGGCCUGCUGCCGGCCCGCUGCGCCGUGCCCUGGGGAGGCAGGGUGGCCUUCCUCAGCCGCGGCCUGGCGCUCAACGUCGAUCUGCUCCUCUUCCGCGGGCCCUUCUCGUUCUUCCGCUGCGGCUGGGAGCUGCCCGACGCCUACAAGCGCAGCGACCGGCGGGCCGCCCUGGCCGCGCGCUGGCGGAGCACGGAGCUGCUGCUGGCGGCCGUGAAGCCGGCGCUGAGCCCCCUGGUGCGCUGGCAGGUGCUGCACGCCUUCUACAGCCGCGCGGAGCUGCUGCGGCGCGAGCCCGGCGCGCUGGCGACGCGCUGGUCCCGCCUGGCCCGCCUGCAGCUGCGCCACUUCAACGUGUUGCCGCACGAGCUGCGCGCGCGCCUGGCCCGCGCCUCCGGCCCCGCCGCCGCCUUCCUGCGCGCCCCCGCGCUCCUGCUCGCGCUGCUGGCCCGCCAGCUCGUCUUUUUCUCCGGCGCGCUCUCCGCCGCGCUGCUCGUGCUCACCGUCUACGACGAGGACGUGCUCUCCGUGGAGCACGUGCUCACCGCCAUGAUCGCGCUCGGGAUCUUGGCCACCGUGGCCAGGUCUUUCAUUCCGGGUGACCAGGGCCAAAGUCGUCCGCCGCAAAUCGGGCUGCCGGCGGCCUUGGCGCACAUGCCCUACCUCCCGGAGGAGAACGGCCCUGCCGGCAGGACCAGCGCUUACCGGCAGAUGGCGCGGCUGCUGCAAUACCGAGCGCUGAGGGUCUCCCUCGCGGAGGAGCUCCUGUCCCCUCUCCUCACGCCACUGUUUCUGCUCUUCUGGUUUCGCCCUCGCGCCUUGGAGAUUAUUGACUUUUUUCGUCAAUUCACUGUAGAUGUGGCCGGGGUUGGGGACAUCUGUUCCUUUGCCCUUAUGGAUGUGAAGCGCCAUGGCCACCCUCAGGUAAGAGCCUGUCCCUGGCUUGGCUCUCAGAGGACAGAGGCCUCACUGUCCGAGCGGGCUGAGGACGGGAAGACUGAGCUCUCACUGAUGAGGUUCUCCCUGGUUCAUCCACAAUGGUGCCCCCCAGGCCACAGCUCCAAGUUCCUGGGGCACCUUCGAGGCCAGGUGCAACAAGAUGCAGCCGCCUGGGGCGCCAGCUCGGUUCGCAGCCCCCCCAGCCCUGGGAUCCUCAGCAGCUCUUCCUCCCCUCUGCCGGAGGCCUCAGCCAACCUCUCGAUGCAGCCCCUCCUGCCCCCCCAGGACCUGAGCCCCAUAGUCCCCUGCCCAGCUGCAGCCACGGCCAGCCUCCUGGCCUCCGUUUCCUGAAUGACCCAGGAUUCUAGCUGUGUGUCCCCAGGUGGCACUGGGGGCCAGAAGCUGGCCCAGCUCCCAGAGCUUGCAUCUGUUGAGAUGAGUCUCCAUGCCAUUUACCUGCACCAGCUCCAUCAGCAGCAGCAGCAGGAACUGUGGGGCGAGGCUUCAGCCUUCUCCCUAUCCAGGCCCUGGUCCAGCCCGCUGCAGACACGCUCGCCGGAUGAGGAGAAGCCAUCCUGGUCCAGUGAUGGCUCCAGUCCUGCUUCCAGCCCCAGACAGCAGUGGAGAACCCAGAGGGCCCAGAAUCUGUUCCCUGGAGGGUUGCAGGAGCCCACAGACACCCAGAAGGAGCCUGGCCAGGCCACUAGCACUGACUGA